AUGAGGUCUACAGAAUUUGCAACAUUUGUAAAUGGUAUACGUGACAAUUAUGAGAUUGACAAAAAAUUGUAUGGAGUUGAUGCCGCCAUAGCUUUGGUUGAUGACCCUGAUAAGAAACAGUCCAUAAAUCCGAAAGAUGUUGCCAUCCCUGAAUCAGAGUUCAAACUUCAGUCUCUUAAGCCUAUUGUGCUUUCGGGUAUCAGAGAUGUCAAUUUGAUAGAAACUUCAGAUUGUGUAUUUAAGGUUGGACGUACUACAGGAUUAACUAAAGGACAAAGAUCGAGGGAGAAUUCUAUUCCUAUCUAUACAAUAUUGGUGAAGGUCUCCAAUAAACGCCGUGUUGGAGUUAAACCUUAUUUUGGUAGUCAAGAAUAA